AUGACUUUACUGGCAAGAGCGCAGGCGCUACGACCAAGAGGUACAAUGUCAACUUUGAAUAAGCUUAUCCUCUACGUACUGUGCACGGGGUUAUUGACCACAGUUGUAGCUUUCAUAAUCCUCAUCAUUUUCCUUGUUUCUGGAGGCCUUCAAUUCAUCGGUGUCUUCUUGAACCUUAGCAAACUUUAUUCUAAUUCUCUUCUCGCCAUGCUGAACAACCGUGCCACACGACGACGGAAUAGUGAUCAGCAACUAGCAAUGCCGGCGGAUCUAUCUCUUCGGACAGUGGAGUUCUCAUGGCUCAGAGCUUCUGCUACGAGCUUGGGCCCCGUCGAUUUCGAAGGAUGCCCGGAGCACGGUCACAUCGUCACUAGACAAGAUUCAGUCCUGGAUCCGAUGCGGGCACUGACGGAGCUGCCUAGAGCUAGGGUGGAACAAGGAGAUAUGUCUCAGGCUUAA